AUGUCUGACCACACCCCUCCCCGUCCUACAAUUCAUUUCACGGCACCUUGCUGGAUCAACGAUCCAUGUGCCCCUGGCUACGACCCCAAAACAGGCCUCUACCACCUGUUUUACCAAUGCAAUCCGUAUGGCUGCGAAUGGGGUAACAUGUCAUGGGGCCACAUUACUAGCAAAGACCUUGUCACUUGGACGCGAUCUUCAGGUCCAGCGGUCAUAGAACCGAGCGAGGAAUACGACAAAGACGGCGUCUUCACGGGCUGCUUCACCCCGCAUGUCGGAGAUAAUCCAAGGGAAAAUGCACAAUUACGAGUCUUCUACUCUUCUGUCUCUCACCUUCCAUUCCACUGGAGCACCCCUCCCUAUCCGCGCAACGCAGCCGGUUUGGCGAUGGCCACAUCGCGCGACGGCGGUGCCGCAUGGGUGAAAUCUCACAAGAAUCCUGUCUUGCGUGGAGAGCCCGAAGACAUCCAGGUAACGGGUUUCCGCGACCCUUACAUAUCGCAGUGGCCUGCCAUGGAUGAUGCGAGAGGGAUGCAGCAGUCAGCCAUGUACGGGGUGAUUUCCGGCGGCGUACAGGACAAAGGCCCCACGGCCUUCCUGUACGCCAUUGAAUCCGAGGAUCUCUCCCAAUGGAAAUAUCUAGGACCGUUGGUGGAUAACAUUCCCUGUCGAUUCCAACCCUCCGAGAGAUGGGCAGGAAACUACGGCCUCAACUGGGAGUGUACGAACCUGAUGACUUUCAGUACUGGCUGUGGUGCAGCCUCCGUCGAGAAACACUGUUUGAUCCUUGGUGCCGAGGGGGACAUCGAACGUGACCAUAUUCGGGCCCACCCACGCCCAUCCACCUUGCCUCCCCGAACCGUUCGUUCCUUGUUAUGGAUGUUUGGAGACCUGGUAACUUCCAACAAUGACCGAAACGGAAACGAGGCGCAUGCUCGGUUCCAAUUCACAAGCGGGGGUUUCUUGGAUCACGGCUCUCUCUACGCGGCCAACUCCUUCGUCGACCCCACCGGCCGAAGAAUCAUGUACGGCUGGAUCCCGGAAGAGGACGUGUCGCUCGGAUACUGCGAGCGACGGGGAUGGAACGGUGCUCUGGCUGUGCCCCGGGAACUGUUUCUGCUCCACAUCCCCAAAGUGACGGGCACUCUCCGCACUCCUCUCUCGGAAAUCUGCUGCUGUGAGACUUUCCGUCGAGAUGGGUCUUCCUGGGUGGAUAUUCAUACCCUCGGCAUUCGACCAAUCCCUGAAUUGGUUACCGUGCGGGAAAAUUGCUUCUCCAGCCAGGAAUUGAACAAUAUAUCGUUACCGAAGCCGGAUUCGAUGCUUACCCCUGUCUCGUUGAUUUACCAUCCAUGCUGGGAGCUCGAAGCAACAGUCUGUAUCAAACCGACCGGUUGUACAUCUGUUGGGUUUUAUAUUUGUCAGAAAACUGAUCCUUCUACCUACAUUUCCGUCAUCUUUUCGACCGUCGAGGAAACCAUAUCGGUUAAUCGAGACGCCUCCACCCGCGAUCCGAACAUCAACACCUCUCCCGAGAAAGGGCCAUUUACACUGUUCUUCAAAGGCGACACGAGUGGACCGGAUGUGGCGCUGGAGAAGCUACAUCUAAGGGCGCUCUGGGAUACCGGCAUACUCGAAGUCUAUGCUAAUGAUCGCUUCGCGUUGACGACGACGGUGUACUUUGGAGACCACUCGACAGAGAACGAGAUACUUGCUUUCGCAGCCGGGGAUGUGGAUGGCGCGAUCUUCGAGGAGGUCAAGGUCUGGGAUGGUUUGAAUGCGAUGAAGAGUCUUUUCAACGAAUGA